UUAAUCAGGUGUAUAAACAAUAGAAAUUAAAGGAAAAUAAUUUUACAAUAUUUUAUAAACUAAAAGUGACGUUUAUAGAAAUGAAGCUUAAUGUUCUUGUCCAUAACCACACAUUUUUUUACAAAUGGCGACCGCACUAGGAACUGUUGGCUGGGAAGAUCUUCGUAAACAAGCACGUCAUGUGGAAAAUGAAAUUGAUGCGAAAUUAGUGGCUUUCAGUAAAUUAGGAGUAAACACAGCGUCGAGUCAUGCCAGUGCUGAUACAGUUCCACUAUUGGAUGAGGAACAUGUUUUCGAAAACAUGGCCACGGAAAUUGAAAAUCUUCUGUCCAAGUUAAAAUCAUUAAAUGACAGAAUGAGUGAAAUUCAACCAAAUGGAGCCGCAAUGUUGCAUACAAUGCAAAGACACAGGGAUAUUUUGAAAGAUUAUAAACUGGAAUUUAAUAAAAUACGAAAUAAUUUUGUGGCAAGAAAGGAUCGUGAAGAUCUUUUGGGUGAUAUUCACAAAGAAAUUGACAAUUACAAAUCUGGUGGCUUGAAUCGCAGAGACAUGUAUCUUAAAGAAAGUCAACAUUUGCAUAAUUCCGAUCGUAUGAUAAACGAUCAGAUCAGUAUUGCUAUUGAAACACGUGAUCAUUUGAUGUCACAACGUCAAACGUUCAAAAGAUUUCAAACGAGAUUCAACGACAUUUCAAAUCGUUUUCCAGCAGUAAAUAGUUUAGUUCAAAGGAUACAUUUACGUAAGAGGAGAGAUUCUGUGAUUCUUGGUCUUGUUAUUGGUUUUUGCACAUUUUUAAUGCUUCUUUAUGCUUUCCAUUAAAACAAAAAAAAAGCUUCUUCCCUUUGUUAAACCAAAGUGAAUUUUAUUUAAAAAAAAAACUGUCGGGCUAUGGUUCAAUUUUCAAGUCAAAGUGCAUUUUUCAUGACUUAGAUUUGUAUGAAUUUUCUUUUGUUUUUGAGAGACAGACAGAAAUGAAAAAAAAAUAUGCAAGACUGCAAAAAAAUAUGAAUGUGAAUUGUACAGAUUUUAUACUCUCUGUAGAUAUAGAAUGUGGAACGUCUUUAAUACAUAAUCCACGAUUGUUGACUAAUUGAAAAAAAUAAAUUAUAACAUCUAUGAAAAAAA